AUGUUCUACGACACCGGUCUGCUUGGACAGAGGCUCGUAUGCUUGCUCUGGAACAAAGAGGUGUACUUGCCUUUAGCUCAGACCGAGGCCUGUCAUUCAUCCGCGCUGAGCAUGAAAUGUUCUGGAUACGAUAUCCAAACACUCAUUACUUCGCGCAAGCCGACCAAAGAUGCUGAACUCAAAGGACUGAAUGACUAUCCUGAAGAUCUGACUGGCCUUACCUUUCGUUUGACUCACCAAAACACUAGGGGCUACCGGUAUCGGAAUAUCCAAGUCAAGGCCUGA